AAGCAUUUAUUCCACUGGGAUAGAAGCGGCAGGAGCAGGGUUGGCACCAGCGAACCAUGGCUGGGAUUUUCUAUUUCGUCCUCUUUUCGUUUCUCUUUGGGAUUUGCGACGCUGUCACCGGUUCCAGGGUGUACCCCGCGAAUGAAGUUACCUUAUUGGAUUCCAGGUCCGUUCAGGGAGAACUUGGGUGGAUAGCAAGCCCUUUGGAAGGAGGGUGGGAGGAAGUGAGUAUUAUGGAUGAAAAAAAUACCCCCAUCCGAACCUACCAAGUGUGCAAUGUGAUGGAACCCAGCCAGAAUAAUUGGCUCCGAACGGACUGGAUCACUCGCGAAGGGGCACAGAGGGUGUACAUCGAGAUUAAGUUCACCUUGAGGGACUGCAAUAGCCUACCGGGCGUCAUGGGGACUUGCAAGGAGACGUUUAACCUGUAUUAUUACGAAUCAGACAACGACAAAGAGCGCUUUAUCCGUGAGAGCCAGUUUGGCAAGAUUGACACCAUCGCCGCUGACGAAAGCUUCACCCAGGUGGACAUUGGUGAUCGAAUCAUGAAGCUCAACACCGAGAUUCGGGAUGUAGGGCCUCUGAGCAAAAAGGGAUUUUACCUGGCGUUUCAGGAUGUGGGCGCCUGCAUUGCCCUGGUUUCGGUCCGCGUGUUCUAUAAGAAGUGCCCGCUCACAGUCCGUAAUCUGGCCCAGUUUCCAGACACCAUCACUGGAGCUGAUACUUCUUCCCUGGUGGAAGUUCGAGGCUCCUGUGUCAACAACUCGGAAGAGAAGGAUGUGCCAAAAAUGUACUGUGGGGCAGAUGGUGAGUGGCUGGUACCCAUUGGCAACUGCCUUUGCAACGCUGGGCAUGAGGAGCGGAAUGGAGAAUGCCAAGCCUGCAAAAUCGGAUAUUACAAGGCCCUCUCCACAGAUGCCACCUGUGCCAAGUGCCCGCCCCACAGCUACUCUGUCUGGGAAGGAGCCACAUCGUGCACCUGUGACCGUGGCUUUUUCAGAGCUGACAAUGACGCUGCCUCAAUGCCCUGCACCCGCCCACCCUCUGCUCCCCUCAACUUGAUUUCAAACGUCAACGAGACAUCGGUGAACUUGGAGUGGAGCAGUCCUCAGAACACCGGAGGCCGCCAGGACAUUUCCUACAAUGUGGUUUGCAAGAAAUGUGGAGCUGGAGAUCCCAGCAAGUGCCGGCCCUGCGGAAGCGGGGUCCACUACACCCCACAGCAGAAUGGCCUGAAGACCACCAAGGUCUCCAUCACUGACCUCCUAGCUCACACCAACUACACUUUUGAAAUCUGGGCAGUGAAUGGAGUGUCCAAGUAUAACCCGAGCCCGGACCAAUCGGUGUCCGUCACCGUGACAACCAACCAGGCGGCACCAUCAUCCAUUGCUUUGGUCCAAGCAAAAGAGGUCACAAGGUACAGUGUAGCUCUGGCUUGGCUGGAACCAGACCGACCCAAUGGGGUGAUCUUGGAGUAUGAAGUCAAGUAUUAUGAGAAGGAUCAGAACGAGCGAAGCUACCGGAUUGUUCGCACAGCUGCCAGGAACACAGACAUCAAAGGGCUGAACCCCCUCACUUCCUAUGUCUUCCAUGUCCGAGCCAGGACAGCCGCUGGCUACGGGGACUUCAGUGAGCCCCUGGAGGUCACCACCAACACAGUGCCUUCCCGCAUCAUCGGGGAUGGAGCCAACUCCACUGUCCUGCUGGUGUCCGUCUCUGGGAGUGUGGUGCUGGUGGUGAUUCUCAUUGCAGCCUUUGUCAUCAGCAGGAGACGGAGUAAGUACAGUAAAGCAAAACAAGAAGCAGAUGAAGAGAAACAUCUGAACCAAGGUGUGAGAACAUACGUGGAUCCCUUUACAUAUGAAGACCCCAACCAGGCAGUUCGAGAAUUUGCCAAAGAAAUUGAUGCCUCCUGCAUUAAGAUUGAAAAAGUCAUAGGAGUUGGUGAAUUUGGGGAGGUGUGUAGCGGACGUCUUAAAGUGCCUGGCAAGAGAGAGAUCUGCGUGGCCAUCAAGACUCUAAAAGCUGGCUAUACCGACAAACAGCGGAGAGACUUCCUGAGCGAGGCCAGCAUCAUGGGGCAGUUCGACCACCCGAACAUAAUUCACUUGGAAGGUGUCGUCACCAAAUGUAAACCAGUAAUGAUCAUAACCGAGUACAUGGAGAAUGGCUCCUUGGAUGCAUUCCUCAGGAAGAAUGACGGCAGGUUCACGGUCAUCCAGCUGGUGGGCAUGCUUCGUGGUAUCGGGUCUGGGAUGAAGUAUCUAUCAGAUAUGAGCUACGUGCAUCGAGAUCUGGCUGCACGGAACAUUCUGGUGAACAGCAACUUGGUGUGCAAAGUCUCUGACUUCGGCAUGUCGCGAGUGCUUGAGGAUGAUCCAGAAGCCGCUUACACCACCAGGGGUGGCAAGAUUCCCAUCCGGUGGACUGCGCCAGAAGCAAUUGCCUAUCGUAAAUUCACCUCAGCAAGUGAUGUAUGGAGCUAUGGAAUCGUUAUGUGGGAAGUGAUGUCGUAUGGAGAGAGGCCCUAUUGGGAUAUGUCCAAUCAAGAUGUGAUUAAAGCCAUCGAGGAAGGCUACCGGCUACCCCCGCCCAUGGAUUGCCCCAUUGCUCUCCACCAGCUGAUGCUAGACUGCUGGCAGAAGGAGAGAAGCGACAGGCCUAAAUUUGGGCAGAUUGUCAACAUGUUGGACAAACUCAUCCGCAACCCCAACAGCUUGAAGAGAACGGGCACCGAGAGCUGCAGACCUAACACUGCCUUGUUGGAUCCAAGCUCCCCUGAAUUCUCUGCCGUGGUAUCAGUGGGUGAUUGGCUCCAGGCCAUUAAAAUGGACCGGUAUAAGGAUAACUUCACGGCUGCUGGUUAUACCACGUUAGAGGCUGUGGUGCACAUGAACCAGGAUGACCUGGCAAGAAUUGGCAUCACGGCUGUCACACACCAGAAUAAGAUUUUGAGCAAUGUCCAGGCGAUGAGAACCCAAAUGCAGCAGAUACAUGGCAGGAUGGUUCCUGUCUGAGCCAGUACUGAAUAAACUCAAAACUCUUGAAAUUAGUUUACCUCAUCCAUGCACUUUAAUUGAAGAACUGCACUUUUUUUACUUCGUCUUCGCCCUCUGAAACUAAAGGAAAAAAAAAUCUGCAGCGUGGCUUGGUGUACAGAUUGCUGAACUUGUGGGGCUCACAGAAAUGACGAGCGUCAUUGGAACUCGACCUGGAACAAAUUGUUUCUCAGAAGUCCUGUCCAUCACCCGUGUGUAAAAUACGUGUAUCUAUAGGAAUACAGCACCGCCUCCUGCGUGGAUGCGUUCUUGCUGCCGGACGCUGGGCUUCUUCGCCGAGACGUCUCUCCAUUUGGAAUUACAACUAUACGCUUUCAUUUGUGGCAUAAACUAACCGGCAACCUUCUUUCACUGGAAUGAAGACUGUGUCCAGGAACAUUUUUGAAGGACUUCGUUGUAGCUCUUAAGGCUUGGUUCAUACCGUGGGGGGGGACGGCGGCGGGGCCACCUAACUCAUCAGUGUGGGUCCUUCAGGCCACCUGGUGGAUCAGGAAGACAGGAGGGGCUGGAAGGAACGAAAGUGGCGCGAAACUCACCAACACUACUGCUCCUAAAGGCGCGCCCAGCCCCUCCCUGGGCAGACGGGGUUUGUUUGGGGCCUGGGCUGUGCGGUAGAAAGUCUCCCUGGGAGACUCCACAGACUCAUCCUAGCUGCCUGGUGGAUAGUGGACUGUGACAAUCUUGAAUAGGGAACUUUCACACUUUCCUCCUUUGAAGAAGCAGAAUGGAGUCGACAGGGGAGUCGAUUCUGGUAUCUUGACCUCACAGCCCUUCCUGUUGAUGACAAAAAGCCCUCAGAAGAAUACAGAACACACCCUCCGCACUUCCUUUGAGAUGUGUUUCUUCUGCCUCUGCUAUGCCAGUUCUGGAGCAAAGACACUGAUGAAGCAACACCCGGACCUGAAAAGAGUCAAUGUGUGACUUUCAAACCCCCUCUGCCAGUGAAAGAAACAGCAAACGCUCACGCUUCAGCCUCUGUCAUCCAGUUGCACUGAGGAAUGUACUGGAUCGAAGCACCAGCUCUGCCGAGCCCUUGUUCCCAAACUCCUUGUGGUUUUAUUUAUCUAUUUCCAUAUCUUCUUCCUGUACGUCACUGCUGCAUUGGUGUGGCAGCAGGUACCCAAGGCUACAGGUUUUACUAUGGACGCCGGGUCAGGUGCCACCCACCAAACUAAGCCAGUUCCCAUGAGCUGCCUACGAUAUGCAUUGCUGAAGUAACAUUUUACCCAGGGUGUGCCAUUGCAGUGAUAUAAAUAUAUUUUUUUCCUAGACUAAAUAUGAGCUGACUAUCUCUUUUGCUGUGUGUACAUAGGUGUGAGUGUGUGUGUACACGCGUGUGCUGUGUGUGUGUGUGUGUGGGUAACUUCCUGCUUAGAAUUGCCUGUGAAUGUGUGGAAUGCUGCACCUGAGGGUUCUGGUUUUCCACCAGUUCUGAGGUGAAGCGUCGCAUGAGCUAGUGGGCCUGGAGACCGUGCCCGUCCCCUUGGUAAGGCAACCCGGAAACGUUCCACGUCUUGUAUCUAGAAGUGUAUUUUAGCUGCCACACUAACCUUAAUGAGUAAUUCUACAGCUUUGAGCAGAGGCAUUUUCACCUUAGCGGUGAAGUAAUUUCAGCAUCUAAACCCAUUCAGGUGACAACCCAUCAUCCAAAUCACAAAUUCUGAUGGAACUCCUCAUCUGGAUCACCAGUUCCUUGAUGGAGGGGGUGGGGGGGGCGGAAUGUGUCUGGUAACCCCAAAUGGAAUACAAGUAGCCUUUGUUUUCCUGCAUAAAUGGACUUGUCGAAUGCGAACAAAUAUAUGCAAUUCAUAAACUUCCAGAGAUGAACAUAGACAUGUGUGUCAGCUUUGUGGUGCUGUGUCCUGGAUUAAUACUUUGUCUCCCAAUGUCACAGAAAAAUACAUGCCAGUGACUCUUGAGGUUGGCAUAGUUGGGAUUAAAUGCCCUCAAGCAAUUUCAGGUUUCCAGUUUACGCGGAAUGUCCUACAGGUAUUAAUACGCAGUUAAAUCCUUGGGCCCUUCUAGAAUGUAUGACCUUGAGCACGUUGCAUCUGCCUUCUAGAAUCUGAGGUCUGAUGUGUGAAAAUUGAGUUUUGAUAGGGUAGGUAUACCAAACUCCAGCCAACAUACUGCCAUUUUUCAUAACCUGAGUGGCUGCCUUGAUUAUUCUAAGGAAUGGUUGCUGCCAUGGUGGCCAUUUAUAUAAGCUAUGACAUCAAAUCAGGGAACAAUGGGGAAAAAAAGAUUCUGAACACUAUGUCGUUGAAUCAGUAGAGAAAUUCAAUAAAUAUUUAUUACAUUCUGACAGGGUGUAUGGCAUUGUAUUCUUAGAACUAUGCCAGAGUGACAAAGUUAAUGCACCCCUUUUGGGGGACUUUAAUAUAUUUUUAAAGGGAUGUGCCUAUGCAUUGAUGCCUGAACAAAUGUGGAUGAAGUGAGGUUGAACCUCUGAGCAGAUCUUCUCUCUCCAGAGGUCAGGGCAGGCCGAUGACUGGGGCUGUGUAUAGCACCAUGAAUGCGGCCUGCUGAGCCCAGAGGUGGCUUCGUGCUCAGAUUGGCCUAAGGCAGCAUUCAGCUGUUCCAAACCAAGUAGCUUCACCAUGUGUCCGCUGGCCCCAAAUUAUUUUUAACAAUCUUAUGAAUGAAAUGUUCUGGUGUGUUUAAAAACGUUAUUUUUAAGACAGGUUGUGCUCACCACACGGCUGGUGUGUGUGUUUUGAGAUGGCUUGUCUUUGAUCUGUGAAGGGUACGUGUAUUAAUCCAUACACGCUUAUAGCCUCAACCUUUGUCUGAAGAAACUUAAAUUCUGACCAGUAAAGGAAAGUUCUAGAAGCAAUAUUUUCACUUAUUUAACAUUCUCCAAACAACAUCAAACAUUGAUAUGCACUGAAGAGUGCAUUUAUUUUUUGUAUCACUCCAAGUAUGUUGGAAUAUGCAAGGACUGUGGUUAAAAUUAGAAUGUAUAAGGCAUAUUAUAAUUUAGUUCAUACUGAAAAAGAAAUUAACAGAACAUUGCUUGGUUUAUACAUGUUCCGAAAUUUGAAUGAUCUCUUGAGUUAGACAUAGAUUUUCUAUUUUGUUUUAAUUUGUCAAGGUAUUUUUCUUCCCUUCAUGAACUUUAGGUACACAUAACUUAUGUCAUUUAUUUAUGG